GCCAAUAUUAAAGAUUUGGAGGUGAUUAUUCUAAGACUCACUUCUGACCUUAAACACCGACCACAUCGGAAACGAAGCGGCAUCUCUUGAUUAGUGCGGACCGUCCACACCGACCACCUCGGUUAAAGCUUCCUUCGACAGCCGAUAAUUGUAACCUAUGUUACCUCAAAUUUAAGCGUGGGUUUCCUUUGGUUUUCAGUACUUUCGCCUAUAAAUAUCACUUCAUCUUUGUCAACGUAAAACAACAAAGUUUGAGUGUUAACAUUCAGCGACUGAAGUGUUCAUUCCAAGCUCGUAUAUUACUGGUUUCAUUCUACGUACUAACUGAAUCCGACGAUAUGGAAGGUCAUCAAGGUGAGGGAGAUCACAACAAGGCAGCGAUGGAGACAACGGAUCGUGGUAUGUUCGAUUUCAUGAAAAAGAAAGAUGAGGAGCAAGACAAUGAGAAGAAGGAAGAGAAGCCAACUCUCAUGGGAAAACUCCAUCGUUCAAAUAGCAGCUCUAGCUCAUCUAGUGAUGAAGAAGAGAUAGGAGAAGAUGGUGAGAAAAAGAAGAAGAAGAAGAAGAAAGGAUUGAAGGAAAAAAUCAAAGAAAAGAUUGGUGGUGACAAAGAAGCAGCAGAGCAUAAAGAUGCAUCGAUCCCACCCGAGAAUGCAGAGGAAAAGAAAGGGAUUUUAGAUAAGAUAAAAGAAAAACUCCCUGGUCAGCAUAAGAAAGCCGAAGAAGAUGGUGGCUAUGAUGGGCAUCCUACCGAAGGUGAGCCAAAGGAGAAAGGAUUCUUGGAGAAGAUCAAGGAAAAGAUUCCAGGGUGCCAUGGAAACAAACCUGAAGAAGAUCAUAAGGCUACCAAAAAUUGAAGACUUAGACAAAUAAGCUGUAUCAUGGAUAUAUGCAAUCGUGCUUGCAAGUUUGAAUGUGUUUAUGAGCUACCUGCAAUUGUUUCUUUUGCUUUGGGAGUGUUUAUUUUGCUGCAUUAUCAGUCAUUUGAUGUUUCCUUAAGUUCUAGCGUUUACUGCUGUCAUUGUACUUCUCUUGGAAGACGACACAUGUAAUGUUUUUCUUGCAUGAAUUGAAUAAAAUACGGAUUAGGGAGUCGACCAAUUAUCAGAA